AUGGCUUCCCCCCGCUUAGAAACCUUCUGUUGUCCCACGAGGGAUGCAGCUACUGAUUUUGUGCUGGGCUUCCAGCCUGUCUUCUUUAACGCCAUCUGUAUCGCCAGCGCCAGUCUGAGUCUGAUUGGCACCCUCGCCCAGGUUUUACCAAAAAGAGGACUUGGCUACCGCAGAUUCAGCCAGUAUCCGCAGCAGAAACCAUCAGCAUCCUCCAGGAUCCUGCUGAUUAUCAGUAUCUGUGACAUUCUAGGCUGCAUAGGAAUAAUAACCAGAGCAUCAGUGUGGCUUGGCUUCCCAGAUUUUGUCACAAGAAUCUCAGUUAAUGGAACUGAAUCAUGGCCAGCAGCUUUCUGUGUCACCAGCGCUAUUUGGAUUCAACUGUUCUACAGUGCCACCUUCUGGUGGUUGUUCUGCUAUGCGGUCGAUGCUUAUCUUGUUGUAAAGCGAUCUUCUGGACUAAGUAUCCUACUGCUGUACCACAUGCUGACUUGGGGUCUAGCGAUCCUCCUUUGUGUUGAAGGUGUGGCCAUGCUCUACUAUCCAUCCAUUUCCAGCUGUGAAAAUGGACUGGAACACGCAAUCCCACAUUACAUCACAACCUACGUACCUCUAUUGCUUGUUCUGCUUGUUAAUCCCAUUCUGUUUGGAAAAACUGCUUCUGCAGUUGCUUCGCUGUUGAAGGGAAGACAGGGCAUAUACACAGAAAAUGAAAGGCGUUUGGGGACUCAGAUUAAAUUAAGAUUUUUCAAGAUUCUACUUGUGUUUAUUAUUUGCUGGCUCCCAAAUAUCAUCAAUGAGAGUCUUUUAUUCUACCUUGAACUGCAGCCAGACAUGAAUAGAGAGCUGCUGAAGAAUGUCAAAAAUGCAGCUCUCAUCACUUGGUUUACAAUGAGUAUCUUGAAUCCAAUGCAAGGCUUUCUCAGCACGUUGGCAUUUUAUGGCUGGACUGGGUGGGACUUUGAUUUCUGGUUUCAGAGGCACGAGAUACCUUGGGAUUUGCCAACAACCUCUGCUACAGCAGAAAAUGUUUAUGACGAUCCGGUGGCAGCCUCACUCAAUUAUCCCGGAUAUCUUCAAGAACAUGAAAAGAUGAUAACUGAAAAUGGUCACGAAAAUAACGAUGAGCUUUCUGUCCUCUCAGAAGGUAAUGGGAAAGCAAAUGGUUUCUUUGUAAAGAUCUCCCCCAUCUAUCAGGGGCUGUAA